CUUUUUUUUUUUUUUCCUCCCUUCGCCGGGCAAGAUGGCGGCGGUAGCGCCGAGAUGGAGUAGCCGCUCAGCCUGAGCAGUUUUUAGACAAAAUAGCUUAAACAUCUAACUUAAAUCCGAAAAUAGCACAGUUUUUCUUUGGACCUUUUAACUUUCGUUAAGUUUUGAUAUUUUGUGUCAGAAUGUUCAAAUUCUAGGUAUCUUUUACUCUGGUCCAGCAGGCAAACAAGGCAGAAAGUAUAAUGGGAGAGAAGCUCGAGCUGAAGCUCAAGUCGCCGGUCGGAGCCGAAGCUGCGGGAUAUCCGUGGCCAUUACCAGUAUAUGAUAAACAUCACGAUGCUGCACAUGAAAUUAUUGAAACCAUACGGUGGGUGUGUGAAGAGAUCCCUGACCUUAAACUGGCGAUGGAGAACUACGUGCUCAUUGACUAUGACACAAAAAGUUUUGAAAGUAUGCAGAGGCUAUGUGACAAGUACAACAGAGCUAUUGACAGCAUUCACCAGCUGUGGAAAGGUACAACUCAGCCGAUGAAACUGAAUAAAAGGCCUUCAAAUGGCCUGCUUCGACACAUCCUGCAGCAGGUCUACAAUCACUCUGUAACUGAUCCAGAGAAGCUAAACAACUAUGAGCCCUUCUCUCCUGAGGUGUAUGGAGAGACUUCAUUUGACCUGGUGGCUCAGAUCAUUGAUGAGAUUGAGAUGAUGGAGGAGGACACUUUUGUGGACCUGGGCAGCGGUGUUGGCCAGGUGGUGCUGCAGGUUGCUGCAGCUACUAACUGUAAGCACUACUACGGUGUAGAGAAGGCCGAGAUUCCAGCCACAUACGCAGAGGCAAUGGACAGGGAAUUCAAGAGGUGGAUGAAGUGGUAUGGGAAAAAACAUGGCGAGUAUACACUGGAGAGAGGAGAUUUUCUGUCAGAAGACUGGAGAGAAAGGAUAGCAAACACAAGUGUUAUUUUUGUGAAUAACUUUGCCUUUGGUCCAGAGGUGGAUCACCAGCUGAAGGAACGAUUUGCCAACAUGAAGGAAGGUGGAAAAAUUGUAUCCUCAAAACCUUUUGCACCUCUCAAUUUUAGAAUCAACAGUCGAAACUUGAGUGAUAUUGGCACAAUAAUGCGUGUUGUUGAACUCUCUCCACUGAGAGGCUCAGUGUCUUGGACAGGGAAGCCAGUUUCCUACUAUCUGCAUACAAUAGACCGUACCAUACUUGAAAACUAUUUUUCUAGUCUUAAAAAUCCUAAACUCAGGGAGGAGCAGGAAGCAGUGAAACGGCGUCAACAGAAGGAGACCAAGGACAGUAAAAGCAGCAGCACCACCCCAACCAAGCCAAAGGAGCACAAGGAGUCAGGUGGUGAGGAGGAGACCUCAGGGGCACUGGUACCUGUCAAGUCGUCACCUAAACCUCGUCGUGCCAAGCUACUGGCCAAGGGCCGCAAGCUGGGCAACAGGAAACGUGGGCGGCCCAAGAAGUCCAUCAUGGCAGCAGCCACUGAACGCAAGACCAAGAAGAGUCAGAGUGCCCUAGAACUGCUUCAUGCCAAGACUGUCUCAGCAGCGCCUCCUCAGGAUGCAUACAAAUCGCCUCAAAGCCCCUACUACCAGCUACCUCCUAAAGUUCAGCAUUACACAGCUGGCCAGCUGCUGCUCGGCCCCAUGCCUGUGGGCCUGCAGACUCUACUGGAUAAUUUCAAAGUCCAGUACAUGCAGUUCUUGUCCUAUAUGAAGACACCACAGUACCACACGAACCUACAGCAAGCGCUGGAGCAAGAAAGGCUCAGACACGCUGAACUGUCAGGUCAAGCCCAGCGAUUGAUGAAUGCCUGCCAUGCUCACAAGGAGAGGAUCAGGGACCUUUUUCAGGCCAAACUAGAGGAGCUAGGAGUAAAGGCAGUGACAGUAGAGGACCUGGUGCAGGCUCAGAAAGAGAUCAUGGCCCAUAAUAUGCAGCUGAAAGAGCAGACCAAGCAGCUGGAGAGAGACAUGGCUGAGCUUAAAGACCAGAGCCUGCUACUGCUAAAGGCUCGCUGUGAGGAACUGAAACUGGACUGGGGAUCUCUGUGUCUCGAGACCCUGUUAAAGGAAAAGGCUGCUCUGCGUAGACAGAUCUCUGAGAAACAGCGCCACUGCCUAGAGCUUCAGAUUAGCAUUGUGGAGCUGGAGAAAAGCCAAAGACAGCAGGAGCUGCUACAGCUCAAGUCCUCCUACAGCCCAUGUAAAGACUCUCCAUACCGGAAGACCAUCCCAAGUCUAGAGCCCCGGCCCCCGCUAGACACUAACACCCCCAAACUGGCUGAAUUGAAUGGCCUUAGCCCCGAGCUGUCUAUUAAUGGCACAGCAUCUCCUAGCUAUGAGCGUGGAGGCAGCAUCAGCUGCUUCAAUGGCAAGAAUGAGCUGCUCUCCCACUACCUGCCAAUUUCCCCUGAGCAUGAGAUUGUGCCACCCACUCCAGAGCCUCGGAGCAGACCUCUAGGGCAGCCCCAGCCCGACUACACACGCUUUUCUCCAGCUAAGAUUGCCCUGCGCAGGCACCUCAACCAAGACUCCUCUACAGGCCAGGCCAGGGCGCUCAGCACUAUCCACAGGGGUGACGUUGGUGUUGCAUCAUCUCCAACCUUGAAACAGGGCUGCUCCUCACCAGGUGCAGCUGAAAAUCAACAACCAAACACACUCAAGAACACAGAGAGGGUGAAUAAGGAAAAGAGCCCAGCGGGACCAGGUGACAAUAUAACCAGUCUCCCAAUCAGCAUCCCUCUCAGCACUGUGCACCCCAGCAAACUUCCUGUCAGCAUCCCACUGGCCAGCGUGGUGCUGCCCAGUCGCGCCGAGAGACUGAGGAAUACUCCCAGUCCUAUGUCCAGUAGGGAGCAGUCAGCAGGGCAAAGCAGCAACAACAAGCAACCUCUGACACCUAAUUCGGGGUUCCCCUCUGUUUCAGGGUUGGUAAACGGCUCCCACUCUGCUAUAUGUGAUCAAGACUGCAACUCCAUGUCUCCUCCACCCCACAGCAACCCCCUGCUGGGUCUUCAGUCACGUGGGUCUGGCUCCAGCCCACUGCUGAGCACUGGAGGAGUGCUGCAAUAUGCAGACAGACCCCCCCGUCUUCCUGAUGAAGGCCACCAGCAUCAUGGGCUUGAAUCUGAUCCCGAGACUCUAGACAGUGAGGCUCGGCGCCACAUGUUCUUCUCUUCCUCCUCCUCUUCGUCGUCAUCCUCCUCCUCUGCCGGAGGCUCGCGCCCACAUCAUGGAUCAGCCAAGCAGGGAAAGCACCACAGCAGUCACCACCACCAUCACCACCAUCACUACUCGCCAGGCUCUCACGGGUCAGAGGGACGCAAGAGAGGCCGUCGGAAGCGCAGCUCCUCCAGCCUCAUUCCAGCAAGUGGUUCCCCGAAAAAACGAUCAUUCCCUGGGAUUAACUACUCCUCGGGUUCCCCACUUAAUAUAAACACCAUGGUGAACAACAUUAAUCAGCCGCUGGAGAUCUCAGCCAUAUCCUCUCCAGAGCAGACAGGUGGCAGCCCAUGUGAGACGGACCUGGACCAGCCACCAGUGCUUAAGAGAGAACGCCCUCUUGAGAUUAAUGGCUCCAGCCGUGACUUAUCCACCCCUAGCUCAGAGGAUGAGGAAACUGGAUAUCCAGCAGACAGUGGCUCCUUACGAAUUGAAAGGAAGAUUGCAACAAUUUCUCUGGAGAGCCGAGAUGGUGAGAGGGGUUCACAGGGCCGAAAAUCAGGGGCCAGUAGUGUGAGCAGCGACGUCUCCUCUUCUUCCAGCAAAUGGAAGUCCACUUUCUCACCCAUCUCUGACCCCAAGCCCACUCCUCCAGACCUCCGCCAGAGCAGCUCCCCUUUCUGUGGGGGCAUGUCUUGUGGCCCAGACUCGGACUCUGAGCAGAAACAGCAAAAGAGAGCGGACCGGGACCGCAGUGAGCAUUAUGGGAACCCUAAAGCCUUCCUAGGUCUGGACAAAGCACGGGAAUCCUUUCCUAAGCAAAAGGCACGGGAGUGGGAGCUAAAGGCCAUCAGUAGUCUGACCAGCCAGAACCUCUUCAUCUCUGCUGCAGCUGGUGGAGGCCUCCUAUGUGGAAAAGCGGGUAGAGCCACUGCAGUUUCUUCUGCCUCCUCUGUGGGACAGUAUUUCCCUCUGGGCGGAACCUCGGUCUUACAGUCCUUAUUUGGAGCGCAGACUCCUAAUCCGGCCACCAGCGGACCGCCGCGAUUGGUUAACGGUCACUCCGUGCUGGGCAGCUUUUCUAGUGCUGGAUUGGCAGGGGGCGCUGCAGGAGGGAUUUUUCACCACAUGACGCCUUCAGUGUCCUCUCAACAGUCUGCGCCCCCCAGUUCCCAGCACAGCCACUCUUCCUCGCAGCAGAGGAAUCUGGACUCCAAAGCCGGGGCCUUGUUCCUGGCCCAAUAUGGCCGCACGCAGACUGUCCUGCACGCUCCCUCCCCUCCCGCGCUUUCACUACCUCCCCCUCCUCCCCUUCUCAACACUUCCUCCUCCUCUGCUCCUCUCCAGCCUUCCCCGCCAUGCUUGGAGAGGAAGCAAUCUGUUUCCCUCCAAACGCUACAUGUGCCCCCCACCUCCUCUUCAUCCCCCUCUCCUGCUCCUGUCACUUGUAUCACAACCGCUCCUGCUGCCUCCUCUUUGUCGCGGCCCUUUACCCUGCCCUACCUGCCUUCUUCAAGCAGCAGCAGCAGCAGCAGCAGUGGAGGCAGCAGCAGUGGGUUGGUGAGCUCCUGGAGGACUCUGGGUAUGCAGGUGCCCUACACUGCUCGGCCCAGGUAGCGGUGCCAUGAGCAGAAACAGGGAGGGAGGGAGGUCAGAACUUUGGGGUAAUUUAUAAUUAGGAGCUGCUGUAUGGUACCUGCCAAACUUGUGCCUCAGUCUGAACAAGGUAACUGAAGCAAUCUACCUCAACCCAAUGCAACCUAUGCAAUGGACAGGUGUAGACCAAUGGGCUCUUCCUCACUGGUGCUCCGAUGUUAGCUAAAGCCACCCAAAGGUGUCAGAACUUGACACCAACGCAUCUGAAUACACAUGCAGAAACACGUGUGUGUACACACACACACAAACAGGUCAGGACCACUCAUAACCUUGUGCUCUUGUCUGGUUAAAGUUGUAAAAAGGAGGCACUGACAAAAGUGAAUAUGCCAUCGUUCAUUAAUUAUGUAUUUAAACAAUGCCUUAGCGGAUGGUAAAUUCUAAACAUCAUUGAUGAUUUUUGUGCAAAAUUUGGGAUCUGUAAAAUGUUUUUAUUACUUUUUUUUUUUUUUUGGGAAGUCCAGUAUAAACUAGGCAUCAGCUGAGCGAAAACCUAAAUUAUUGAACAUUCGCUCGAUGCUGAAGCGCAGCACUGUGUUAGCCUUUAACAUUGCCUGGGAUACUAUGGCAACUUCUGUAGAGGUAAAUGUGGGAAUAUAAACUUGAACAUGAACAUGGAAAUGUGAUUACAAAAAAGUUACAAUUCUGUAAUGGCAUCAUGAAUCGUGAUUUAAAUUAUUUUGAACUGCAGCAUUUGUUGCAUACGUAUACAUUAUAUAUUCCUUUACAUUUACACUGGAUAGAAGACAAUUCACUACAAACAACUGGCCUGAUAAUUGAGGAAACUCAGUUAUGUUGUUUUGGGUUACAUAGAUUUAAUUUUUUUUUUUUAUAUGAAAAUUCUCUUAACUCAUUAACACACACAGUGGCUAAAGCACAAAUUAUUAAACGUAUUUAUCAAGAUCCUGUGUGUGAAAACAUCAAAUAAACUUUGGCUUUUAAAGAGAAACAUAUUAAUGUACAAUAUGCUAUAUCUAAUUUUUAAAAAGAAUUAUUUCUGAUUUUUCUAAAUGAUGCCUACACAUGUAAAGUUGGAGCUCAGCGUUGGACAUGAUUUAAUCAAUUCAGGUGAUUUUUUUCCGAGACAAAUAAAGAUCCGUGGUGCUGAAAACACUUUUGCUCAGAAAGGUGCUAGUAUCUGCUUUUGAAUGAUGCAUUCAUGAUUAAUGUUGUGGUGCUCUCUGCAAGUAGGAAAACCACACACGCGCACACACACACACACACACACGCAUGAUUGAAAAAAAAAAAAUCUUCAAACACUGGUAAAAUGUAACAUGGCAAAAAAAAAAAAAUCUACUGUGCAACUGCCGCUUUUUUUUUUGUUUUGUUUUUUUUAAAGACGUUUUUUGUACUGUGAAUGGAAGUAACUCUCAAAGUGUAAUUGUAUAUAAUUUCGAAUAUUUAUCAUUUCUGUUGUGAUUGUUUUGUUCAUUUUGUGUUAACGUACUGCAUAAUUAGUGCAACUUGUGUGUACAUGACUUAAAGAAAACAUGGUGCUACAAUCUAA